AUGCCUGAGUCACCUGUCGAGACCAGUGAUAUCUCGGUGGUGAGCCAGGAAGCCAUCGGUGAAAAGACCCCUGCUACUGUGCUUGCUACCAAAGAUGAGAAUUCACUCGGUGACAAGGAUGUCGACGGCAAUCCAGAUGCGAUUAUCAUUACCGGUGCUGACGCGGCUCUUCAUAUGUUGUCUCUCCGAGAUGACUUUGACAACGUCUUAACCUUUCGCAGUAUCUUACUUGCCUCCGGUCUUGCGUGUUUCCAAGCUGUGAUGAACCAGAUUUAUCAGUUCAAACCGACCCUCGUAACGAUUCAGGGAACCUUCAUCGUCCUCAUCUCCUACUUCGUCGGCAAUGCAUGGGCUAAAUUCCUUCCCCGUGGCGACAGAUUGGAAGCUCGCUGGAGGGCGAAAGGCGGCCAAGGAAAGCUACCUUUGUGGAUCACCGUGGCUAAAUUCGUGAAUACCGGGGAAUGGACUCUGAAAGAGCACGCAAUCUGUUCUAUCACUGCUACAUCAGCCUCGAAUGCUUCGCCUACCUCACAGGUCUUUGCGGCACAGGAUCUAUUCUAUGAUCUUCCCAUCAGCGCGGCUACUGUGAUCUUGAGUAUGAUCUCUAUCGGCCUGUUUGGAUACGGAAUCUGCGGGAUCCUGCGUCCUAUCGCUGUUUGGCACCCCGAGGCCGUCUACUGGAGUAAUCUGCCUACCGUCAAGACUCUCCAGGGACUUCAUUGGCAGGAAGUCAAGAACUCGAAACCCCUUAGGUAUUUCUGGUAUGCAUUCACCGGCAUGUCGAUAUACGAGAUUAUUCCUGCCUACAUCUUUCCGUGGCUAAACUCUGUUUCUAUUCCGUGUCUGGCUGCACAGAAGGCCACCGGUGAAACUGGUGCCGUACUCAACAAUAUCUUUGGUGGAGCCACAAACAACCAGGGUCUUGGCUUAUUUUCGUUUUCGUUUGAUUGGCAAUAUCUCACAUCUUUCCAAACCUCGCUUCCUCUCAAGCUCCAAGUUCAUCAGGCCGCUGGAAUCUUUUCCUGCUUUAUUAUCAUGAUAGGCAUAUAUUAUGGCAAUGGCUGGAAUUCGCGAGAUCUUCCCUUUAUGUCAACGAAAAUGCUUCUUAACAACGGUACCUCAUACCCUAUCGAAACCGUUUUCCCCGGUGGUGUUCUCGAUGAGGCCGCCCUGUUUAAGAACGGCCUGCCGAGGCUCACUGGAUCGUUCGCAUUCGCGAUGUUUAUGGCCAACGCAGCCAUGGGUGCCCUGAUCCUUCAUUGCUUCCUAUUUUGGGGCAAGGAUAUCGUGCGGGCUUAUAAAAGCGCGAGAAAGGGUAUAUAUGAUGAUCGGCACCAUUCGCAUAUGGCCAAGCAUUAUAAAGAGGCUCCAUGGUGGUGGUAUAUCAUCGUACUUGUUGGAAGCUUUAUUCUCGGUAUCAUUGUGACCGUGAAAGAGAAUAUCACCUUGUCGCCCUGGGCGUACGUUAUCUCACUGAUAGUGGGAUGCAUUAUCGCCCCCUUUAGUGUCAUCCUUCUUUCUCGCUACGGCAAUGGUAUUGCUACUAAUAAUUUGUCAAAAAUGCUGGCUGGACUUAUCCUUCCUGGACGCCCGGUCGGUAACAUGUACUUCGCUGCGUGGUCGCAUAACGUGAUUGCAAAUGCGGUUAGUCUUUCUCAAGAUCUGAAGAUGGGCGAAUAUCUCAAAAUCCCUCCACGUAUAAUGUUCAUAACACAGAUAUAUGGUACAAUUCUUGGCGGCUUCAUCAACUACGCUAUUAUGAUCUCUAUUGUGUCAAGCAAUCGAGCGCUUCUCGUCGGUGGAAAUGGAAACUCCUCCUGGAGUGGUGCAACUAUACAGUCUUACAACACCAAUGCCGCAUCAUGGGCCCUGGCUCCCUAUAUCUACAAGGUUGGGACCCCAUACGGGGCAGUACCUCUUGGUUUAGCCGUUGGUGCCGGUGCUGUGGUUCUUCACCGUAUCAUUUAUCACUUUGUGCCCAAAAUUGGAAGCUUGGACGUUGCGGAAAUCAAUCUACCGCAGUACAUCCAAUACGCUGGUUUUAUUCCCUACAACCAAAGUCAGACCUGCGUCAUCUUCACCUGGAUCACUGCUGGCUUCUACGUUCAGUAUUAUCUUCGAAACUACAAGCCCCGGGUUUUCAGUGAAUAUUCAUACCUGAUUACGGGAGCCUUUGAUGGCGCGAGUCUGACAGUUCUCUUCGUCCUCUCAUUUGCUGUUUUCGGCGCCGGCGGAGUUUCGCACCCAUUCCCCUCCUGGUGGGGAAACAAUGUGAAUGGAAACUAUGAUUGGUGUCCUGUGACAGAGUAG